AACCCUGCUGCACCCACCACCAAUGCUACGUGCUCUGCUUGCAUCUCACUCCAAUCUUGUUAUAACUAAGCCACAGCUAAGCUCGCAAGCUCUCCACCAGAUAGAUCACUCUCGCAUUUGUCCUCGCUGAUAGCUAGAGUUUCACGAUUACACCACCAGAAUGGAAGCCAUGCAGAGAUCAUUUCUAGUGCUGCUCGUGAUCUCAGCGGCGAUCACGGCGUCGGCGCAGGGCCCAACGGCGGCGCCAACGACUCCAGCCCCAGCGGCUCCGGCACCGGCAGCCGGAACGACCAAGACGACCAACAUAACAGGCGUGCUAGCGAAAGCCGGGCAGUUCAACACGUUCAUCCGGCUGCUGCGUUCCACGGGCGUCGCCGCCCAAAUCGACAACCAGCUCAACAGCUCCCAGACGGGCGGGCUCACGGUGUUCGCGCCCACGGACAACGCGUUCACGAGCCUGGCUUCCGGCACGCUCAACUCGCUUUCGGACAGCCAGAAGAACUCGCUGGUGCAGUUCCACGUGCUGUCCACGGCGGUGCCCAUGUCGCAGUUCGACACCGUGAGCAACCCGCUCAGGACGCAGGCCGGGAGCAGCUCCCCGGGGGAGUACCCGCUCAACGUCACCGCCACCGGCCAGCAGGUCAACAUCUCCACGGGGGUCGUCAAUGCCACCGUCGACAACACGCUCUUCACCGGCGACCAGCUCGUGGUCUACCAGGUCAACCAGGUGCUGCUGCCCAUGGCCAUCGCCGGGAAGAAGGCGGACGCGCCGGCCCCCGCGCCGCUGGGUCCGGCCAAGAAGACGCCGGUCGCUGCUGACGCGCCUGGCGGCGCUGAUGCCGACACGGAUUCCACCGCGUCCCGGGCAGCCGGAGGUGGUGGGGGUGGCGGCGUCGUCGCGGUGGCCAUGGCAUUGGCGUCCUGCGUCCUCUGCUGGGGGCUGUGACGUUGCCCAUGAGACUGCGAUUCUCGGUCUACACGUCGAGUUUUUUUUGGUCACUUUUAAUUUCACAAAUGUUUUCUUCCUAGUCAAUUUUCUUUGACUUGUUCUCUUCCGUAUCGUUAAUACCGUUGUACAAUUGCUAGGGAUGUAAAAGUGUAAUCUGUACCGUUGCGUAUAUAUAUGAUUUUUAUGUAAUGCUGCUAAAUAAAUACGGAGUAUAUGAUUUUCUCAUAA